AUGCCCACAGCCGCUGCCUGCUUCCCUGCUGACUCCCCCGUGCCGGAUGCUGCAGCCCCAGGGCCCCCGAGCCUCAGAGGAGGGGCCAACCCCCAGGCCCGGCGGAAUGAGUGCAUCGUCUGUUACUCGGCCUACGACCUCUCAGGGCACCUGCCCCGCCGCCUCUACUGCGGCCACACCUUCUGCCAGGCGUGCGUGCGGCGGCUGGACACGCCGGCCCAGGAGCAGCGCUGGAUCCCCUGCCCCCAGUGCCGCCAGAGCACGCCCAUGCCCCGCGGAGGGGCGGCCAUGCUGGACCUCGACCUGGCCGCCUUCCUGGCCGUGAAGGCCGAGCGGGAGCCCUCGAGGGUGGAGCCACAGCCCCCCACGCCUCUCAAGGGUGGCACAGCUGUCACACAACAGCCGGCCGGGCUCCGCCCCUCCUGGGGCCCCCGGCCCAGACGCUGCUGCUGCUCCUGCUGCUGGGACCCCCCGGGCAACCCCGAGGUCUGAGCUGUGGCCAUUCCCACCUGGCGGAGGACAUGCUGCCCAGGGCAGGGCUCACGUGGAACCACCCUGUGCACGGCACCCCGGGCACAGCCCCCUGUGGACGCCCUGGGCUGCCAACAGGUCUGGGCUGUCGAGCCUUGAGACCCCACAAGAAGCGCCUCCUCCCCUCCCCGCUAGAACCCCAGACCCCCAAGCUGUCCUGUGUGUGGCCCAGGGACAUGGCCAUCAGGGUUGCCUGCAGACUGGCUCAGGCCUGGACUUCACUCAGGACAGACAGGGUCCCAGGUGCAGGACCAGGGCCAGGCCACGCCGUCCCCACUCCCAUAAAGCAUCGGCAAGCAGUGGGCAGGGAGGCCUGGCCAGGCCACCGACGUCAGCCCUGACCUGCCGGCUGCCCCGUGCGGUGCACCCACUCAGCCGUGUUCCCUGGGCUCCCACCGUGCAGGCGCCGUCCCCUGCACACACAGAGGCACCAGGGAGAGGGCCGGGGGCAGGCCGGACUCCGAGGCCCCGGAGGGUCGGGAUCUGCUGCGGCCUCGCUGCUCAGCCGAGCCGGCACCUGCCGGCCGCCACCACUCAGACGCUUCAGAGCGGCCGGCACCGCCGGGCCCCAUCCCCUCGGGAAAGAGCUGCCCCGGGAGCCCCGGGCAGUGGGGAGUGGGACGGGCGGGGAGGGAAGGGAAUCUGCUGAACAGACACUCGG